AUGCACAAGUUUCGUCGGGGUGACCAGGUAUCAGUUGAUCUGGAUGCUACCCAAAGUCAACUGAAGUGGUUCGGCAAAGAUGACCAGAUCAACAAUGCUCAUCUAUUCGAGACAGUCAUCUCUCUACCAAGUCCUCGACCUGCAGAACCUGAUGUGGACAUCGCGAUUGAGGACGAUCUCGAAGAUAGUGAAGGUCCUCAAACUCACAGCCGGAAUGUGGUUGACAACCAACAAAAGCUUCAGGUGGAGCCUCAACAGCAAGGUGAAGAACGUUUUCCUUCUAGACGAGCGGCUGCUGCGUCCAAGAUGGCUGCACUGAAGGCUGCAGUAUCGGUGACGGAUAAUCCAGAGCUUCAGUGGAUCCGGUCAAGUACUAAUCCGUUCUUUGUUGACUCUUCAUUGACGGUCGAUUACGACUCGAUGGACCCAGAGACGGCUAUCGAGCAGACUCCGCUUUACUCGUCCGAGGACCUCAUGACCCUCGCAGCGACUGAGAUGACGGACUUGCGCUUAGAUGACUACACUGCGCUGGGAGAUGCUUCUAUGCCCGCCCCUCCGCCGUCGACGUCAGGGAUGGAUUGGGAUAGUUCAAGAUUGAUACCACCGUCUCGGUCACCUCCACUUCGUACUUCGUUGGGGAAAGACUUCCUCAGUCUCUUUGCACAAAACUAA